AAGUCUUCCGGACAGGCGGGCGGUUCCCCACCCCUCGGUAGAGCGCUGCGGCCGGCCAUGGAGUGAGGCGGCAGCCAGGGCCCGGGGCAGGCGGGACGGAGCUGCCGGACUGAGACGUCGCCAGGAGCGGGUCCGCCGCCGCCACCCCUCUCCCAGCAUCCCCCGCGUGGGCCUGGACCUCCUCUCGACUCCCCCCGAAGGCGCUGCAGCCCCGAGCCGCCGCCUCCCCGAAGCUCCUCUGAGGGCCUGGCGCUGCUUUCCCGCCUCGAGGACGCGCGUUUGGGCGCCUCCCUCAACUCUGCGCCCCCUGCACGGGCACCCAUAGCCUCGCCCGUUGGGCCCCCUUCGUUCUGUCCUGCUCCACUUUCCCAUUUCUGUUUCUUCCUUUUCUCUGCCUUCCUCCAUUCAUUCCUGGGUGCCUCAGUUUAUACCCAAGAUCUCCUACAAACAGCCUCUUCUUGCCCCCCCCUUUACCUAAUCAGGGUCGGUUACAAAUCCACCUUACACACACUGCUUUCUUCUUUUAAAGAAGCAAAUUAAAUCUUGCUGCCUGCACCAAAUCUCUAAACGGAAACUCCUCACUUGCAACGAAGGCCCUUGUUUCUCCUUUUCCUCCGUUGCCCCCCAACCCGCCAGCUGCUCCGCAGUUUGCAGCAUUCCUGUUUUAUGCUGUGCAGAGGGAAAGACAGCGCCCAUGAGGGAGUACAAAGUCGUGGUUUUAGGGAGUGGGGGGGUGGGUAAAUCGGCCUUGACUGUGCAGUUUGUCACCGGGACGUUCAUUGAGAAAUAUGACCCCACGAUUGAAGACUUCUACCGGAAGGAGAUCGAAGUGGACUGUUCCCCGUCAGUACUUGAAAUCUUGGAUACAGCUGGGACUGAACAGUUUGCUUCCAUGCGAGAUCUGUAUAUUAAAAAUGGCCAAGGUUUCAUUCUAGUUUACAGCCUGGUAAACCAACAAUCUUUCCAGGACAUUAAGCCAAUGAGGGACCAAAUUGUCCGUGUGAAGAGAUACGAAAAGGUUCCUCUUAUCCUGGUUGGGAAUAAAGUGGACCUGGAAUCGGAGAGGGAAGUCUUGUCAGCAGAAGGCCGAGCACUGGCUCAAGAGUGGGGCUGCCCCUUCAUGGAGACAUCUGCCAAGAGCAAGACCAUGGUGGAUGAACUGUUUGCAGAGAUCGUCAGGCAAAUGAACUAUGCAUCCCUGCCUGAAAAGCAAGACCAGUGUUGUACGACUUGCAUUGUCCAGUGAGAGAGACAGAAAGCAAAACCUCAAUCAUGGCCAUACAGAGCAGAUAAUACUCAGAGGAAAUUUGCACAGAUGCUGCUUUGGAGAACUCUUUCGGCCCAGGCUGUAGAACUGAGCCUUGUUAAACCCUCUCUCUCUCUCUUUAGAGCACACUUCCAGGCAUCGGCGUGCAAAAAUUUGGCGGCGGCUGUGGAGAACAGUAGGCCUGCGUCAGAAUUGCUUAGCAUGUUUACCAUAUGUUUGAAAUCUGUUCUUUAUCUCUUGGUCCUCCUUUUUUUAAAAAAAUAGCUUUCUAAGUUCCUAUUAAUGGCUAAUAUGCAAGAGUUCAUUUUUUUCUAAUAUUUUGAUUUCUUUAAUUGAUUUCCAAAACUUGUAUUUAUUAAACUUAACUCAGUAUUACCUACUCAAUGCCUUUUUAAGAGAAAGUUUUAAUGGAGAAAUAAAAAGUGAGCCUUAAACAAAUGGUUACUUCUGUAUAUUACCUCACAUCCGUGCUUGAUUUUGCAAAAAAAUAAUAAUAAUCCUCCUCCAAAAUGUCAUUGGUUGAUACUUGGAAAUGUUCUGUUUAUGUGUCAUAGAAAGAUACUGAAGAUUCAUCUUGCAUUGUAAGGAUGUAAAAUCCCUUUUCACAGCAGCUGUGGUGGCUUGUGGUAGUGAUGGCCUGAUAAAACGAUAGUUAUUUGACAAGGACUGGAAGCAUCCGGCAGGUGUGGUUACCCCCCCCCCCUUGUUAUCACGUGGCAUUCACAUUUUCGUCUUUUAACUGAUGCAAGAAGUGUUGAAAAUCACCAGUAUGUUUCCUUUCUGUUCAGCUUCCAACUGCUGGCUUUAGUUCUGCUUUUAAGUAUGCCUUCUUGGAAAAGGGAAAAUGUGUCCCCCACAGGGUCUGUGUUCCUUAAGCAAAAGCUAACUCUGCUUUGCCCGAUAGGAUUAAGAUCACAUCUGGCAGACUUCUGCACAUGUAAAUCAAAUGCAAAUAAAAAUGACUUUACAUUUUCUAGUUCUUAAAUAUUGUCUCUUCUAAUAAUAUUUUGAAGCAAUAUCUGUCAGUGGGGCUUUGGAGUUUGGGGUGGGGGCUGGAGUGCUGUGUUGCACUGCUGCUUUUUCAGUUUCUUGCAAAGCAAGCAAGCAUUAUUUGAUAAAACUGGGCAAUAGUAUGAGCAGUCAGCUCCGUAUAAAAAUGCUUGACUGGGCCAUUGCCGUCUGCACGGUUUAUCCAACUUCAUGUGAUUUAUCUGGAUACUUGAAGUCCUUAAACAGAAACACAGGUAUUACACAAAAUGAAGAGCAUAGAAACUUAUAUUGUCAAAGGCUUUCACGGCCGGAGAACGAUGGUUGUUGUGGAUUUUCCGGGCUGUAUAGCUGUGGUCUUGGCAUUGUAGUUCCUGACGUUUC